AUUCCAACUCGACACCAUUUAUAUGAGCCCAGAUUGAUUCCAAUUCGACCCUGUAAGGAAGCUUAUGAGAUAUAAGGCUCUCUCCCUCCCCACGUGCCCCCACAAAGGGGAAAAUCCCGAAACGAAAACCUCAUCUCUUACGCUCUCACCAAGCCCUAAUCCCCAAUUCUUCGCCAUGAGUACGGUACCAGGAUCAUCGUCAGAUCUCUCGCAGGAAGGUGUUGUUGAUUUAGAAGACAAGAAGAACGAUGACCACAGCACCAGAAAGCGCCCUUACAACACUGAAUCUAAACCAGUGGGUGAUCUUUGUGGCAAUAAGGGUGAUAGCCCUAGAAAGCGCCCUCUCGUCAUGUCUGACUCUGAAUCUGCUGAACUAGUGUGUGAGUUUGCAAAUAAUAGCACCUCUGGUCAGAAGGGUAACCCCAUUGUGAGAGCACUCCCUCAGAACACGCCUCUCUCUGAUUUUCUUAAAGCUGAAGCUGAAGCGGAAGCGGAAGCGGAAGCAGGUGAUCUUCUUCCAAAAGUCUAUCCACCGGGUUAUGUUCCUCCAAAGGGAUAUGCAAUGGUUUGUCAGCUCUGCGGGGUUGUAAAUUGUCGCACCCCCGGUCUCAGCCGUCCUGUGAAGAUGAGUUGUUGCUUUUGUAAAGAGAACGGUACACACUAUUCUUUGGAUUGCCCUGUAAAAAAAUUCCGCGGUCCCCCAAUGCCUGAACGGUACAGCUGCUUUUAUUGGAAACCAGCCAUUUAGAGCGAGGAUGUACCUAGGGUAGUGAGGAUGCUUUUAUGGUAUUCAAAAAUAUUAACGACAAUUUGUUAAAUUGUAGCUUGUGGAGGGAAACUUUAAUCAGAGUGUACUCUAAUUCUGCCAUGUUUUAUAUAACUUGGGUUCUGUUGAUGCUA